GGCGGCGGCGGCGGCGCUGGUGGAGCGCUCGGGGGCCACGGGCGGCGGCGGCGGCGGCGGCGGCGGCGGCGGCGGCGGCGUAGCGGAGGAAGGCGGCGGCUCCCCCCCGGCCGGCGCGCGGCCCGGCCCGUCCCGUGAACUCGCGGCGGCCCCGCGGCCCGGCGCGCCCCCGGCCCCGGGACCCUCCGCCGCCGCCGCCGCCAUGGCCCGGCCGCUAGUGCCCAGCUCGCAGAAGGCGCUGCUGCUGGAGCUCAAGGGGCUGCAGGAGGAGCCGGUGGAGGGCUUCCGGGUGACGCUGGUGGACGAGGGCGACCUGUACAACUGGGAGGUGGCCAUCUUCGGGCCGCCCAACACCUACUACGAGGGCGGCUACUUCAAGGCCCGCCUCAAGUUCCCCAUCGACUACCCUUACUCUCCGCCAGCCUUUCGGUUCCUGACCAAGAUGUGGCACCCAAACAUCUACGAGACAGGGGACGUGUGCAUCUCCAUUCUCCACCCACCUGUUGAUGACCCCCAGAGUGGGGAGCUACCCUCGGAGCGGUGGAACCCCACACAGAACGUCAGGACCAUCCUCCUGAGUGUGAUCUCCCUGCUCAACGAGCCCAACACCUUCUCACCAGCCAAUGUGGACGCCUCAGUGAUGUACAGGAAGUGGAAAGAGAGUAAGGGGAAGGACCGGGAGUACACAGACAUCAUCCGGAAGCAGGUCCUGGGGACCAAGGUGGACGCAGAGCGCGAUGGCGUGAAGGUGCCCACCACUCUGGCUGAGUACUGCGUGAAGACCAAGGCGCCGGUGCCCGAGGAGGGCGCGGACCUGUUCUACGAGGACUACUACGAGGACGGGGAGGUGGAAGAGGCUGACAGCUGCUUCGGGGACGAUGAGGACGACUCGUGCGCCGAGGAGUCCUGACACCUCGUCCAGCGAAUAAACUGAGAUUUUACCUCACGGGACGACCGCUGGCUCUCUAGACGCAGGCUACCUCACGGCACGUCGCUCCCUCCUCGGGUCCUUGCGUUUAGGUUCCUUCCUUCCCUGUGUGGUUCUGGGUUCUCCUUGCUUCAGAGAAGAGCAGCCCGGCUUCGGCUUGCAGCCCUGGCUCCUGGGAUGGCGGAGCCCAGCAGAGCCUGGCCGCCAGGGACCUGUGGGCGGGCCCCGCCCAGCAGCUUCGAGGCAGGAGCACAGACCUGGGGUCCCAGCUCCAGAGUGGAUAGACUGCUUCGAGGCCACCUCCUCUCUGCUGUGGCUUGUUUGAAAUCUAAAUAAAACUGCCGAUGAGAAGGCAGACCACCCCUCCUGUGGGGAGGCAGCAGGGCCAAGGUCAUCACAUGCUGGUCCCUUGUCCCUUCACGGUGGCCAGGGUGGGGGUUGGGCAGAGUUGCAUUCCUGGGCUUGAUGGUCACCUCUCCACCCUAGAGAAUGGAGUGGUCAGGAGACCCCCCGGUGGCAUCUGGGGAAGAGGACACAUCCACCAAAUCCGGUUUCCUAUGCAUUUGUGAAGCAGCCCUUCCCAGAUGCUGAGGGCCCCAGGUGGAUUCUGUGCUUCCCAGGGCCCUUGCCCCAAGGGUGCCUCUCAUCCUGGUGGCGGGACACUGCUGGCCUGUUUCUGUGCAGCUGAGAGCCCCAGAAAGGCUGGAUUCAGCAGUUAACUUGCUGGCUGUGGAACUCCUUGGAUGCCCAAGGUCAAGGGCAUAUACCUAGACCUGAGUGGCCUACGCUGGUUCCUCCCCAGGAGGGGCCCACCGAAGAGGACACAGGUGGGCUGGCCUCAGACCACACUGCUGGUGGGCCCAGCUUUGCCGGUUGACCCCACAGCUCUUGUUUGGACAGGUUUUAUCUGGAGCAGUGCUGGGAGUGAUCCAGGGCCUUGUGUCUGCCUGGAGUGCUCUCCUGGGUUCAGUCCCUAGUGCUGCACAGAAGGCAGGGGGCGGGGGUGGUCUCAGAAUGGCCCAGGCUGGCCUCAAACUUAAAAUUCUCCCACCUCAGCCUCCUGAGUCUCUGGGAUGAGGACUGGCCACCAUGCCCAGGGAGUUUCCUACAUCUAAAACUUGCUGUUUUUGUCUUUGUUUUUCUUUGGUGCUGGGCCUUGAAUUGGGGCACUUUGCCACGAAGCUAAAUCCCCAGCACUGUUGUUUAAAUAGGGUCUCACCACGUUGCUGGGCUGGUCUUGAACUUGCAGUGCUCAAGCCUCCAAGUUGCUGGGACAACAGGCGUGCACCAGGCCCUGCUGUUGACUUAAACCUGGUGGGGUUCUGCCCAGCCAUCUUCCCUCUGGCUUUCCUUGACCCUGGAAGGCCAGCCGCACAAGCAGCCAGGCACAGCCCCCACUGCCUCCCCUCGCCUGCUGCCCCCACCACUGAGCCAGUCACAUAAAGAUGAAUCAAACAGGAAGGAGCAGAGUGGCAAUGGGACAGGAGGACGGUUAGGGUUUGGGAGGUGAGAAGCCCUGGGGGCAGGGGGGCAGCAGGCUGUGGACAGUGCUUUGCCUCCGGGCUUUCCUUGUCAAAGCUGACAGGAGAGGGAGAGGCCUCCAGGUGUGGCCCGGAGGGUGCUCUUUGCCUUAGCUGCACAAUCUGCCUCAUCUGUCUCCAGCACAGAGUAAGAGAGUCACUGAAGCCUAACAGUGUGUAUGAGGCGGGACUGAGCAUGGCGUAUUAAAUGAUGAUAAGGAACUUGGUUAAUUUUUCGAGCGUG